AAGUGACAGUGAGUCAUGUCCAGGGUGAGCCUGGUGCCACAGCCUCAUACCGCCUCUCCCUAUACUACACGAGGUAAUAGCGUCCAUAUUCCUCUCAGCCACAUAUUGUCAGACAGAACAGCCUGGUGAAAUAUACUUAGGGGAGUGAAGUGACCAACAGAAUAAGGAGGUCGCUUUUGAGUAGACUAAAACCUUGGCACAGAGUGGGCACUUGAACAGUUCAGAUAUAGAAAAAUUAUAUACGCUUUUGAGAAAUUCAAGAAAUUGUCAGAAGAUAAUAAUAGACUUCUAGUGAAUGAGUCUCUGAGAGAUAUGGAGGUAAAGACACAGGGUGCCAAUGCAUUUAAUCAAGCUGGUAUGCAGAGUUUGGAGCUUCUAGAUUUACUGUUUGAUUGCCAAGAUGGUAUUCUUCGUCAUGAAUGUUCAUCUGCUGAGCCCUUUUGGACAUCUGAAACAAAUAACCCUCCCAAGGACGAAGAAGCACUUUUGUCUUUCCUGCUGGCACCUAAUGAUUCCUCCUCAGAUUCGAAUGUGUGGUCACCUGCUGCCAGUGAUAGUGGUCUUUCUGAAGACAACCACUCAGACCUCCAGGAUAGCCCUGCCCACUUUUCCUAUACAGACUCAUGCCAUAUGAUGCAUCAUGAGAGUGAUUUCCAGGAACCUAAUGGGUCUUUUGAUCUUGGUGAACAUGCAGACGUGUGGACAAGUCAGCUUUGUACUGAGGAUAUUAUGAAGACUCAUUCUCAAGGAAGAGAUACAUCACAUCCUCUGACUGUAAAAGAUCUUUUGCUAUCAAAUAACUUUGACUUGCAGCCCUGUCUUUCAUCGAAUAGUCGGAAUUCUGGUACUUGUGGAGAAUUAGUUCUUACUGAAGAUGAAAAGAAACUUCUUUCAAAGGAAGGAGUGACACUGCCUACCCAGCUACCACUAACAAAGUUUGAGGAACGUAUCCUUAAGAAAAUUAGGCGUAAAAUCCGCAAUAAGCAGUCAGCACAAGAAAGUCGAAAGAAGAAGAAAGAGUACAUGGAAGGACUCGAGACCAGGAUGUCUGCUUGUACAGCUCAGAAUCAGGAGCUGCAACGCAAAGUUCUAAUGUUGGAGAAACACAACAUGUCCCUCCUUGAACAACUGCGCAAACUUCAAGCAUUGGUCUCUCAAACCACAGGAAAGACAGCUCAGACAGGAACAUGUGUAGCAGUAUUACUACUAUCUUUUUCCCUUAUAAUUUUUCCAUCCAUGAGUCAACUGAUAAAAAACAAAGGCCAAGAGGAAAGUGAUUUUCAACCAGUCCGAGUCUUUUCCAGGUCCUUGCAUAAUGCAGCAUCAUCAAGAGUAUUCCAUUUUCAACAUGAGACACAAGAGGCUUUACAUUGGGGUAAUUCAGGAAGGCAAACACAUAACAGAGAAAUUAGGUCUCUAAGAAAAUACCUGGAUGAGGCACUGUCCAUUAGGGAACAACGGUUAACUGAGUAUGAAUCAACUGAAGUAAAGAAUCGGACAAGGCAGCUAAAUGAAGAGCAUAUCCCAUUGAUGGAAAGCAGUAGAAACGAAAUCCUACAUGAGUCAAAGGAUGAUUAUGUGGCACCUCAAUUGAUGGCAAAUGUGUCUUGGAAAGAGCCCCUGAAGCAAGAGGGGGAGCUGUAAUAUAUGUAUUUAAACACUUGACAACACAAUGAGAACAUUUAAAUCCAGUAGCAAUUCCGAGAAAUACAUAAUCUCAAAUAUGGCAGAAAAGCUAAGAAGAGCCUAUGUUUUUGUAAAUAGAUGAUCACAUUAUGACCCCUUAACAUAAAGUAUGAAUUUUGCAAUUGAUUACCCUAUGGAAUACAGACGAGCAUCUAAAAUAAAAAAAAAACACUAUACUCACCUCUCCUGGCAAUCCUGUGACAAUGCUUUCUCUGUGUCACAUUGGUCUCUGUAAAUUUGAUCACCAACAAUAGCAUGUCGACACGUGACUGCUUCUGCUUGUAAAUGGCUGCAGGGGUCAUGCGUCGAAUAAUGCAUCUUCGCUAAAGGCUGGGUAAACAGAUUCUAGUAAGAGAAUAAGGGAUCAUUGGCAGAAAAAGCAACAGGGGAAUUUGUGCCCUUAUAGCAGCAGAAAUGACAUUGUGAAAUUUAAAAAAUCCGCCUCACAGGCCAGUUUUCCUGUGGAAAUGUUCUGCUGCAUGUGGAUAUGACUUUUAAACUCUUAUCCAUUUAGGCUAUGUUCACACAGCAGAACUGCCUCACUAAAUUUCCUCUACUUCUCCAUGCAAAAGCAAUGGCAUACAAGUAAUCUCGGGCAGAUUCAAGCAGAAUUUCCUCAUAGAAAAUCCUUGUGGAAUCAAAGCCCCAAUGAUGAAAGUUUCUGAUGAAGAUUAUUUUCAGUGAGGAAAUUCUGCCAUGUGUACCAGCCUUACAGUUUCUUCUGCAUAUUUUCCAAUAAACAAAUCUGCAUAAAAAUUCUGGAAUGUCAAUGAAAAAAAAAAAGGUUAUGUGUCUCAGAAAGCAGCAAUACAGAAACAACAUUUUUCCAUAAAACAUGCUUUUAAAAAGUUCUACAUGUUUUUGAAAAGUACUGAAACAUAUACCUAUUUGGUAUUUAUUUAGUGUACACUAAAUCCUCUAUCACCAAAAUUUAAAUUAAUUUAUCAAUGAAUUAUCUGAAAAUGAUACUACUUGAUCUAUAAAAAAUCAUGUCCUCAUAAGGGUAUGUUCACACUACGGAAUUCCCCAGCGGCAAUUCCACCGCUGAAAUUGUUCCGCGCAAAGAAAGAACAUGUUGGUGACCGGCGCAGUGCCACGCAGUCCUUCAUCCCAGUCCAAUAAUUGAUCACAUCACAAAAAGCAGUACAAUAAUAUAGAAGCAUGUAACCAUGGAUGUCAUUUUCAUUGUUUUGACCCACUCAAUAAAUAACGUCAGUUUUAGUGUAAAGUGUACUGUAUAAAAACAAAAACCCCAAAUCUGUAAAAUUGCUGUUUUCUAUUCAGUUUUACCACAAAUAAUAAUUUUUUGCUUGCACUGUACAUUUUGUGGUAAAAUGAAAGUUCUAAUUAUUAAGAACAAUGGGUCACGCAAACAAGCUCUCAUAUGUGUCUGUGGAUGGAAAAAUAAAAGGCG